AUGUAUGGGCCAUCUAAAACCUUAAUAACACGGACAAAGCUCGAGCUUAAGCUCUCCCAUGGCGGGAGCAUGUCAACCUCCUCCAAGCGCCUCCUCCUCCAUGGGCGCCACCCCCUCCGCGCCCUCAAGCUACUCCACGGGCGCCUCCUUCGCCUCCACCUCCUCCCCCGCGAGCCCCUCCUCCUCAACCUCCUCCUCCGCUCCUCCUUCGCCUCCUCACAUCCCUCCCACGCCCUACGCCUUCUCCUCGCCUCCCCAACCCCUCCCAACCUCUUCCAUUACAACACCACCAUCCGCGGCCUCGUCGCCACCGACUACAUGGCCGAUGCCGUGCGCGUGUACGCCUCCAUGCGCCGCGCGGGCGCGUCCCCCGACCACUUCACCUUCCCCUUCGUCCUCAAGGCGUGCGCCCGCCUCGUCGACCUCGGCGCCGGCGUACGGAUCCAUACCCACAUAGUCAAAUCCGGGUUCGAUUCUGAUGUCUUCGUUAAGACCAGCCUGGUCUCCUUGUACGCAAAAUGCGGCCUUUUGGAUAAUGCCCAGAAGCUGUUCGACGAAAUGGCCGUGAGAAAUGUCGUUUCGUGGACCGCAAUCAUUAGCGGGUACAUCGCGGAUGGGAGGUUGGAAGAGGCGCUGGGUAUGUUUCGGCGGGCGUUGGAGAUGGAUUUGAGGCCCGAUAGCUUUACGAUAGUUAGGGUCUUGACGGCUUGCUCACAGUUGGGGGAUUUGAAAACAGGGGAGUGGAUCCAUAGAUUUGUAGAGCAGAAGGGAAUGGAUCAUAAUGUCUUUAUUGCUACUUCUCUUGUGGAUUUGUACACUAAAUGUGGGAGCAUGGAUCACGCGCGGAAUGUAUUUGAUCAAAUGGCCGAGAAGGACGUUGUUUCUUGGAGCACGAUGAUUGGUGGGUAUGCUUCGAAUGGACUUCCUCAAGAAGCGCUAAAGCUCUUCUUCCAAAUGCAAGAUGCAAAUAUAAAGCCAGAUUGCUACACCAUUGUUGCGGUUCUUUCUUCUUGUGCUCAAUUAGGGGCUUUAGAAUUGGGCCACAAAGUGAGUGCUUUAAUUGAUAUGGAUGAAUUUCUUACAAACCCUGUGUUGGGUACUGCGUUGAUCGAUAUGUAUGCUAAGUGUGGAAGCACCACUAAUGCUUGGGUAGUUUUUCAGAAGAUGAAAGAAAAGGAUCUUAUAGUUUGGAAUGCUAUGAUCUCUGGGCUUGCCAUGACAGGCCACGGAAUGAUCUCAUUUGGGCUUUUUGGGCAGAUUGAGAAGUUGGGUAUUCAACCUAAUGAUAAUACUUUCAUUGGUCUUCUUUGUAGUUGUACUCACACGGGUCUUGUAGAAGAUGGACGGCGACACUUUGAUAAUAUGAGGAGAGUUUACUUCAUAAACCCUAGAAUUGAGCACUAUGGUUGUAUGGUUGAUCUUCUUGGCCGUGCUGGCUUAUUGGAGGAAGCUCAUCAGCUGAUUAAGGAGAUACCUAUGGAAGCAAAUGCAGUUGUUUGGGGAGCUUUGCUGAGUGGUUGUAAAAUUCAUCGAAAUGCCCUGUUGGCUGAGUAUGUAUUGAAGAAAUUGAUUCAAUUAGAGCCGCGAAAUUCUGGGAAUUAUGUACUUUUAUCCAAUAUCUAUUCCACGAGUGGUAGAUGGGAUGAUGCAGCAAAACUUAGGAUAACUAUGAAGGAAAAGGGGAUUGAAAAGACUCCUGGGUGUAGCUGGGUUGAACAUAAAGGUGUAGUUCAUGAGUUCCGCGUGGGGGAUAAGUCUCAUCCACUCACCGAACAGAUCAUUGCAAAGCUUGACGAACUGGGUAAGGAGUUAAAAGCUGUGGGUUAUACCCCAACAACAGAAGUGGUGUUAUUUGAUAUAGAAGAUGAAGAAAAGGAGCAUUCGCUUGAGCAUCACAGUGAAAAGUUAGCCAUUGCAUUUUGCCUGACAACUACAGGACCAGAAGAUACAAUUCGUGUGGUUAAGAAUCUUAGGGUCUGUAAUGACUGCCAUGAAGCCAUCAAACUCAUUUCAAAGAUAACUAAUAGGGAGAUCAUUGUUAGAGACAAUAACCGGUUCCACUGUUUUAAAGACGGUUUGUGCUCGUGUAAUGAUUAUUGGUGAAGGUAAUUAUAGUGCAUCUAUGUUGUUACAUUGUAGCAAGGCAUGUAGUUUAGAAGCAUGGACCGUUUUAAUGGAAGACGUUUAUCAUUUGAUUAAGGAGAAGCCAAUAGAUGCAAAUGAAGUUGUUUGGGAAGCUUUACUGGGUGUUGACAGGAUAUGAACAGAAGUCCAAUUCCCGGAGUAUGCAUUGAAGUAACUCAUUCAAUUGGAACCAUGAAAUUCUGGGAAUAUGUUUAACAAGCACUGAAAUGAAUGUUGCAACAAGACUUCGGAUAGUCCUUCAAGGAACUGGGUAAACCCUUGAUUUGAUCUGAACAAUGUGUUCAAAAGUUCCUUGAUGGGGACAAGUCCCAUUCCCUCACUAAACAAAUUUAUGAACUUGAUGAGUUAGUAAGCACUUAAAGGCUAUCAUUUGGAGGCGAAAAUUAAAGGUACCGUUGUUUGAUGCAGAGGAUGAAGAAGAACGUCCUCUUGAGCAUGACAGUGAGAAGCUAUCCGUCGCAUCAACCUCACUAGUCUUGGAUUGGGAGACACGAUUCUUAUGGCUAAGAAACUUUGCGUUUGUGACGACUGCCAUAUGGCCAUUAAAUUCAUUUCACAGAUUACUCAUCGGCUUAUCAUAAUCAGAUAUAAUAACGGUUGGUAGAGUUGAAGGUCGGAAUGCACUGCGAGAAGUGCAUCAAGGCAAUCAAGAAAGCAAUCAAGAAAAUUGAUGAAAUGGAGACUUAUCAUCUGGACUCAGAGAGCAACAAGGUGACUGUAACAGGGAAUGUUACAC